GCUUCCGCCUCGAGAAGCUUGACCAAUGGGCUGCAAGACGGCGUGGUUAAGGUAGCUGCUAACCUCACGCUAGCAUACGCCGACUGUGUCGCUACUAGCUCUGCUAACUUAAGCAAUGUCAGCCUGGAUCGCUUUGUUUACGGUGGUGGGAUUUUAGAAUGUAAUCCUAAAACUGUCGUGGGCGUCGUAUAUUUUUGGGGCAAAGCCACCUGGACGUCGAAGUCGUUGAGCUUCCUUCUGCGCUAACGCUGCUAACGAUAAGAGAACUAAGACCAAAACAGCAACACCGAUCAAGAAGCCGGCGUUUUAAGCACGCUACUGCCGCUGUCAUGGAGAAGGCCGAUUUCUUAAAAGGACUUCCUGUCUACAACAAGAGCAACUUCAGCAGGUUCCACGCUGAUUCUGUCUGUAAAGCUUCGAACCGAAGGCCAUCAGUUUACCUUCCCACACGUGAAUAUCCAUCUGAACAGAUUAUUGUGACUGAGAAAACAAACAUCCUUCUGCGUUACCUCCAUCAGCAGUGGGACAAAAAGAAUGCAGCGAAGAAGAGGGAACAGGAACAAGGCGACGUCGACAGUCCUGCUCCCCCGAGAAAGAUUGCCCGGACAGAUAGUCAAGAGAUGAAUGACGACUCAUAAGUUGUCAUAUAUAUAUAUAUAUACAUAUAUAUAUAUAUAUUUAUAUAUACACAGGACGUUGCCAAUAUCGCCACCGGAGGCAUUUCUCUACUAAUGAUGCUCAGCCAAAUGUGGGAACAUAUCUGUCAACAAGGCAACAAAUCUUUGUUUAAAAACGUCGAUGGGAUUAGGAGCCGUUUUAAGUCUGUUUGGUGGAUUAGAAUCUGUAUAUGUGUGCAUGCUGAGAUGUGUGAUUUAGCUUAGAGAUGGAUGAUGCAAAAACGAUCUCCCCUUGUUAUUUUUUAUUAUUUUUUUUAAACGCUUCUGUUUGGUACCUGCCAGCCACAGUGCCCCCUCUCGGUUUCACUGCCCGCUCUGCCUCCACACGAGGGCGCUGCAGCUUGCCUGCAAACACUGUGAAGGGAAAUAGGCUUUUACAGGUUUUCCUCAGAUUUUUGAGUUGUUUUAGACUGAGUCUGGCCUCUCAUCUGGUGUCAAACGUGUGUCUCUGGUGUCGGCACAAACUGAAAAUAGGAAUGUUAUUCUGUGUAAAAGAACCCUUUUGGGGGAACAAAAAAAAACACCAGCUGCAUGUUGGUGCAGUUUUCCUCUGUCAGUUAUCAUGUUGGUUCUGAUUUGUAACUAUGUAUGUUUAUUAUUUUGUUAGAGGCCUUGCAAUGUUUGGUCACUUUUUUUUUUUUCUUGUGGACCAGCUGGUCCUUUCUUCCUGGUUUAGUCUGAGAAUAGCGAACACACUGAAGGUUAUCAACAACAGCUGCAUCAGCGCCACCCUGCCUUGUUUCAGCCUCUGUACUUUUGCCACACAACACUGGAAGAUGCUGAGUCGCACCAGCGCCUCCUGUCCAAAUGUAACAAGUCUGCAAUGUCGUCUUCCUGCAAACAGUGUAAAUAUCCCAUCUGGUUUCCAUUCUUUGUGACGAUUCUGCUGUUCUGCCAUCUUGCGUGUGUUAGAUCUGACUUGUUCUUUUUAGUAUUCGCUGAAAUAAAACUGGACUGAAACUGGUAAUCUCGUUGAACUUUGUCUUGGUUCUGUCUUCCGUUACAGCUUGUCUGAAGAACAUCAACAUGUGUGGCAAAGUCAUGACUACUGCCUGACUCUGAAGAACUUGUCUACACAGUGUUUCCAUAUGCACACUAAAUACACAAGUUGGGUUUGAGAUGAUUAGAACUUUUAUUCUCA